UAUUUGGAGAUGACAACUAAAAGGAAAAUUAUUGGCCGCCUGGUGCCAUGCCGAUGUUUUCGAGGGGAAGAAGAAAUCGUCUCAGUGCUUGAUUACUCCCACUGCAGCCUUCAGCAAGUGCCAAAGGAGGUUUUUAACUUUGAACGGACAUUAGAGGAACUUUAUCUGGAUGCCAAUCAAAUUGAAGAACUUCCUAAGCAAUUAUUCAACUGUCAAGCUUUACGUAAACUGAGUAUCCCAGAUAAUGACCUUUCAAGCCUGCCAACCAGCAUUGCCAGUUUAGUUAAUCUCAAAGAACUUGACAUCAGUAAAAAUGGGAUUCAAGAUUUUCCAGAAAAUAUAAAGUGCUGUAAGUGUUUAACAAUAAUUGAAGCAAGUGUCAAUCCUAUUUCUAAGCUCCCAGAUGGUUUCACGCAGCUUUUAAAUUUGGCCCAGCUAUAUCUAAAUGAUGCCUUUCUGGAAUUUCUUCCAGCUAACUUUGGAAGACUUGUUAAAUUACGAAUAUUGGAAUUACGAGAGAAUCACUUGAAAACGCUGCCAAAGUCAAUGCUUAAACUGACCCAGCUGGAGAGGCUUGACCUGGGUAAUAAUGAAUUUUCUGAGCUGCCUGAAGUUCUGGAACAAAUACAAAAUCUAAAAGAAUUAUGGAUGGACAACAAUUCACUUCAAACAUUACCUGGGUCUAUAGGACGAUUAAAACAACUGAUAUACUUGGAUAUGUCAAAAAAUAGGAUAGAAAGUAUAGAUCUGGACAUAUCAGGAUGUGAAGCUCUUGAAGAUCUACUAUUGUCAUCAAAUAUGCUACAACAGCUGCCAGAUUCUAUAGGGCUCUUGAAAAGACUUACCACUUUGAAAGUAGAUGACAAUCAACUUACAGUUCUGCCCAAUGCUAUUGGAAAUUUAUCUUUAUUAGAAGAAUUUGACUGCAGCUGUAAUGAACUGGAGUCUCUACCUCCCACCACUGGCUAUCUGCACAGUCUCCGAACUUUAGCUGUAGAUGAAAACUUCCUGACUGAACUUCCCAGAGAAAUUGGCAGCUGCAAGAAUGUAACCGUCAUGUCCCUCCGUUCAAACAAACUGGAAUUUCUUCCCGAUGAAAUUGGUCAAAUGCAGAAACUCCGUGUUUUAAAUUUGAGUGACAACAGGUUAAAAAAUUUACCCAUAACUUUUACAAAGCUUAAAGAACUUGCAGCAUUGUGGCUUUCAGACAACCAGUCUAAGGCUCUGAUUCCUCUUCAAACUGAGGCGCAUCCAGAAACAAAGCAAAGAGUGUUAACUAACUACAUGUUUCCUCAGCAACCUCGUGGUGAUGAAGAUUUCCAGUCUGAUAGUGAUAGUUUUAAUCCUACUCUAUGGGAGGAACAGCGGCAGCAACGUAUGACAGUGGCCUUUGAGUUUGAGGAAAAAAAGGAAGAAGAGGAAAAUGCAGGAAAAGUUAAGGAAUAUUGCACUUUGGAAGGUUUUUAUCCCCAGCGGCAUGCUACUUCUGAGGUUGAAAUAAAUUUAAAGCGUUAUCCAACUCCAUAUCCAGAAGAUUUAAAAAACAUGGUGAAAUCUGUUCAAAAUUUGGUGGGAAAAUCUACUCAUGGAGUGAGGCCUGAGAAUUCAGCACCAUCUGGCAGUUCAGAACAAGUUGUGAAAGACAAAUUUGAGCACAAGUGGCCCAUGGCAACAAAAGAGCUGUCAGUGGAGGAUUCUUUUGUACACCCAGUGAAUGACAUGAGGAUAGGAGAGCUUCGCCCCUCAAUGACUGAUGCACCAUUAUAUCAACCAAAACUUGUUCUCUUAGGAAAAGAAAAAAAAGAAUCAACUGAUGAGUCUGAAGCCGAUAAAGUUCACUGCAUGAAUAACAGUGUUUCUUCAGGCACAUACUCAGACUACUCUCCAUCACAAGCUUCUUCUGGGUCUUCUAAUGCUCAUGUUAAAAUAGGAUCUUUGCAGACUACAGCUAAAGAUGCAGUAAAUAAUUCAUUGUGGGGUAACAGGCUUGUCCAAUCUUUCCCACAACCCCUUGAGACCAAGCCUUUACUCAGUCAGCGGGAAUCUGCUCCAGCAGGAAAUUUACAGCAACACAAUGAUAGGCGUCCAAUGAGUGAUACCUUUGCUGACAGUUGGAAUGACAGCUCUCACUAUGAUAACACAGGAUUUGUGGCAGAGGAGAACACUGUGGAGAAUCCUAGCACCAAUCCUCUCUUAAGCUCCAAAUCAAGAAGCACAUCUGCUCAUGGACGCAGGCCUUUAAUAAGGCAAGAUAGGAUAGUUGGUAUUCCCCUAGAACUUGAGCAACCCACUAUGCGAAAUACUCCUGAAUCAGAAGUGCCUCCAUCAAACCCUUGGCAGAACUGGACAAGAACACCCAGCCCCUUUGAAGAUAGGACAGCUUUUCCUUCUAAGCUGGAGAUCACCCCUACUAGCAGCCCUUUACCUGAAAGGAAAGAUCUUGUUAAAGACUCUCCUGAAAUAUCUAGUACUUUUUCUCCAGGUACACCAUGGGAAUAUCAUGAUUCCAAUACUAACAGAAGUCUCAGCAAUGUCUUUUCACACAUUCACUGUCGCCCAGAGCUUUCUAAAAAUAUUAUUUCCAUCAGCAAAAGUACAGAGAGGCUUUCUCCAAUGAUGAGAGAUUUGAAAACAAGCCGGUUUAAGAAAUCACAAAGUAUAGAUGAGAUAGAUAUUGGUGCAUAUAAAGUUUAUAACAUACCACUAGAGAACUAUGCAGCUACUACUGAUAACGCAGGGAUACAUGACAGACAAGAUAAGAUGUUGGGGCCAGAACAUGGAAUGUCUAGUAUGUCCCGUAGCCAGUCUGUGCCAAUGCUUGAUGAUGAACUGACUUAUGGGAGCGUAAAGGUCCAACAACAGCAAAAACCCUCUGUGACUAAAAAAGUAUACCAGUUUGACCAAAGUUUUAAUCCUCAAGGAUCGGUAGAAGUGAAAGCUGAAAAGAGACUACCGCCCCCUUUCCAACAUACUCCAGAAUACAUUCCCCAACAGACGAAAAAUGUCUCUAAGGAUUUGGUUAGUCCCAGAGCCUACCGAGGAUAUCCACCCAUGGAACACAUGUUUUCCUUCUCACAGCCUUCUGUUAAUGAAGAGACUGUCAAUACUCAGUUGACAAGUCAGGGAUCAAGGGCUGGAUUUUUAAGAAGAGCAGAUUCAUUGGCCAGCUCCACUGAAAUGUCCAUGUAUAGAAGAGUCAGUGAGCCUCAUGAAAUGCCUCAAAGCGAUAGGUAUAACAGACAUCAGUAUAGAGGAGCUGUGGAACGCCAAAGCAGCAUUUCAGUGUCUGAAUCCCAGUUUCUCAAAAGAAAUGGCAGGUAUGAAGAUGAACACCCUUCAUAUCAAGAAGUGAAAACCCAGUCUGGAAGCUUCCCUGUUAAAAACUUAACGCAAAGGAGGCCUUUGUCUGCAAGGAGUUACAGUACAGAGAGUUAUGGUACCUCCCAAACCAGGCCAGUUUCAGCCAGGCCAACAAUGGCAGCUCUAUUGGAAAAAAUACCAUCUGACUAUAACUUGAGUAACUAUGGUGAGAAGCCAUCAGAUAACCCUGAUUUAAAGACAAGGCCUACCCCUGUGAAGGGAAAUGAGAGCUGUGGUAAAAUGCCUGCUGACUGGAGACAACAGCUACUUAGACAUAUAGAAGCUAGAAGGUUAGACAGGACUGCUGCUUAUAAACACAACACUGUUAACCUUGGCAUGCUGCGCUCUGGAGGUUUGUCAGCAAUGCAUGCGGGCAGAAGCAUGACAUUAAACUUGCAGACUAAAUCUAAAUUUGAAAGCCAAAUGCAUCAAGAGCUACCUCUACCGAAAACCCCAUCACAACAAAGCAGCAUUUUAGACAAUGGACAGGAAGAUAUUUCUUCUGGCAACCAAUGGAAUCCAUAUCCCCUUGGAAGGCGAGAUGUACCACCAGAAACUGUCGCUAAAAAGGCAGGUAGCCAUAUUCAGACUCUGAUGGGAUCACAAAGUCUACAGCAUCGUAGUCGAGAGCAGCCAUAUGAGGGCAACAUGAACAAAGUAACAAUCCAGCAGUAUCAGCCACCAUUGCCAAUACAGAUCCCAUCUCAGAGCUCUCGGGCACCACAAGCAGGGAGGUGUGUCAUCCAAACUAAAGGGCAGAGGAGUAUGGAUGGUUAUCCAGAACAGUUUUGUGUAAGGAUAGAGAAGAAUCCAGGACUUGGAUUUAGUAUCAGUGGAGGAAUAAGCGGCCAAGGAAAUCCAUUCAAACCUUCUGAUAAGGGUAUCUUUGUUACUAGGGUUCAGCCUGAUGGGCCAGCAUCCAACCUGCUUCAGCCUGGUGAUAAGAUUAUUCAGGCAAAUGGACACAGUUUUGUACAUAUGGAACAUGAAAAAGCUGUAUUACUGCUGAAGAGUUUCCAGAAUACAGUAGACCUAGUUAUUCAACGUGAGCUCACUGUCUAA